CAAUAAAUUUAAAUCAAGAGCCUAUGAUGUAACCAUAACUGUGGUAAACAUUUAUGCAUGUCUGUGUUCGCGCGCGGUAAGCAUCGUUGUUAAUCGAUUCAUUCAUUCUGUGUGAACAAUAUGGCCAACAUCGAACAAAAGUCAUCUAUUCUGGAAUUUGUGGAUAAAAAUAUUGCCAAUGGUUCUAAACAGUUACCAAAUCAUUCGAUUCAAAUAUUCAUAAUACAUUCGAUUGUUCGAGAAUUUGUACAGGAAUUCGAAACAAUUUAUGGACAUAAAUUUUGUCAUUUAGAUCAAUGUAAUAAUAGUCAAAGUUGGCAAUCAUUACAACUGGCAACUGAAAUCAAUAAUGGUGAUAAUGAAAAUAUGAUCGAUAAUUUAACAUUAAAAAAUGCACAUGAUUUUACUGAAGAAUAUGUUGAUAAAGUGGUUUCAGAUUUCAUACGAAUUUUUUCUGAAAAAAAAUUUGUUAAAUUUUUUAAUGAAUCCAAUUGUGAUUGUGGUUUUGAUAAUUCACGUGGAUCAUUCUAUGAAUUAGCAAUACGUUGGUCAACAAUUAUUACUGAUAAAUUAUGGGAACAAAUACAUACCGGUAUGUGGGCAAAUGUUUCAAUAUUUUCACGUAUGAUUUAUUCAUAUCAUAAAUGGUUACAAUCAUUAUUAAUAUUGUUAACAAUACAAAUUCCAACAAAUAAUAUUAUCGAUUUAUUGAUCGAAUCAUUAAAACUAUUGGAUGAUGGUCUUAUUAUGAGUCCUGAUUUACGAAAUCGAUUAUUAUCCAAAAUGGCUUCCAUUUUACAUCAAGUUUUAGUCAUGAUUUUGGAUCGUUUAUCACCAAACGUACAAUUUGAAUGGAAUUUGAAAUGGAAACAAUGGAAUACUUUGGCAGAGAAAAAAUUUGAAACCAAUCGUAAUUUAUAUUUUCCAUUAGAUAUGCUUCGUUUUCCAAUCAAAACUAUUGAUCAUCAAUUAGAAAUGUUAGAAUUUGAACAAAAUUUUCUACGACAAAAUCGUCCAUUCAUUAUUAAACGUGGUUUUAAUGAUUGGCCUUGUUUAAAUGAACGAAAAUGGUCGUUAAAAUAUUUGCUUAAAAAAAUGGCAUUUCGUCGUGUACCGGUUGAAAUUGGAUCAAAAUAUACAUCGGAUGAUUGGUCACAAAAAAUUAUGUUCAUUUAUGAAUUUAUGGAAAAAUGGAUUUUUCAACAUUCAAAACCGAUUGGUUAUAUGGCACAACAUAAUCUAUUUGAUCAGAUUAUUGAUCUUCAUUAUGAUAUUGAUGUACCAAUUUAUUGUGCUAUCAGUGAUUCAUCUAAUGAUCAUGAUGAUGAUGAUGAUGAUGAUAAAAAACUAAAUUCGGCCAUAAAUUUUGAAAUUAAUGCCUGGUUUGGACCGGCCGGUACUAUAUCACCAUUACAUUUUGAUGGUCGUAAUAAUUUCUUUUUACAAGUGAUUGGUACCAAAUAUGUUCGUCUUUAUUCACCCGAAACAUCGGAUAAACAAAUCUAUCCAAAUCCAAAAGAUUCAUUAUUAUGGAAUACAUCACAAGUAGAUUUUGAAAAUGUUGAUGAAGAAUUACAUCCAGAAUUUAAAAAUAUUCAUCCAAAUCUUAUACAUGAUUGUUUUCUUAAUGAAGGUGAUGUAUUGUUUAUACCAAAAAAUUGGUGGCAUUUUGUUCGAUCAUAUAGUGAUAGUUUUUCCAUCAAUUAUUGGUGGUCAUGAUCAUUUGAAACUAAACAAACAUUUUUUUCACCUAAACCAAUUUUACCACCGAAUCAAAUCUAACUGAAAUGACAAGUCA